ACAAGGCAGCGUUGCCCACCACCCGCCCACCCAAAACACAGUCGAGUCGCGUACCGCGGCGAUGCUAACGCUACAAAACGAGCAAACACCGCAAGCUCGUCGACGACUCACAUCCUUCUUGGCGAUUUUCGGUGUGGUGUUUUUGAACUUGGAGAUCUUGAAGCGGUUCAUGGUGCCCUCCUCUCUCCGCUUGACGUGUCGGUGCCUUCCGGGUGUCUUGAGUGUGGCUUGUGUCGGGCAAGCUGCGGCAGUAGCUCGGCUCUGCGUUCCUGACAGCUCAGCUUGGACCGUCAGGCGCUGGUGUCCGCUCGCUUCAAUUACCAGGACGUCGCGGUUGGGCGGAAUUGCAGUACAAACCUACGCUCGGUCGCGUGUGGCGCGAGGUGUUGGUCGUGAUGAGUUCACUUACUUCUUGGAAUUCUGGGCUUUAUCCGCCUUGCCGUCCGAUUGAAUGUUUUUUGAUAUCGUGUUUUGACAUACAACGCUGUGUAGUUUGAUUGGAUUGACUGUCCUUAACUUCGUGCUGAACGAACUAUAACUUUACACAUGACUUUCAUGUAUGUGGACGUGUUUGUGGAACGAAAUCCGUGUUUACACUCCGCACUCAAAUGUGCAGGAGACGUUCUACGGAAACACCCUUUGUCCAAAUACUUGAAAAAAACAUUUAAUUGCGUUAAAAUAGGUAAUUCUGCAGAUAUAAGAAUACUAAAUGAUAAUAGUGGCAUGUCUGAGUAACGAAAAGUCUUAACCUUUAUAAGUACGUUUUUUGCAUACAUUCACUUAACGCUCUAAUAUAGUCCUAAUGUAGUUUGUCUCAAAUGAUGUGCCGUAAGUACUUUUCCAAGCAUGGCGGUUGAUGUACGCAUGCGCAGAUCGUUCGCUUAUAAAUUCACUUCCGUGUGCAGUUUGGGACACCACAAGUACAAACCAACCUGUGAAAAAUGCACCAGAGCUCCCAAAACGCUCCUCUUUUUGGGGACGAUGACGACAGGAACCUUGUCAAAAAAGUCCGAAGUCAGGCACCCUGUGGUGUCAUUCCUGCAUCUGUUCUUCCGAACCGCUGCCCUCUUGGUCUACUUAUUGUACGACUACUACAGCAGUCACUUCAUCGCCUGCAUGGUCACCAUCAUCCUCCUCCUGUCGUGUGACUUCUGGACCGUCAAGAACGUGUCAGGGAGAUUGAUGGUGGGCCUUCGGUGGUGGAAUCAAGUCCACGAGGAUGGGACGAGCCACUGGCUGUUCGAGGCAAGGAAGGCUGACAGUUUGAACCGGACGACGAGCGCCGAGUCCAAGAUCUUCUGGCUCGGCCUCGUCGUGUUUCCCGCCCUCUGGGUUGUCUUCGUCUUCAGCGUCAUCCUUACCUUUCAAAUUAAAUGGCUGGCCGUUGUACUGAUGGGCCUCGUGUUACAAGGGGCCAACCUGUACGGCUACGUCAGGUGUAAGGUGAGGGGCAAGUCCAGCCUCAGCAGCGUGGCGAAGAACUACCUCGGGGCACAACUCCUGAAACAGGCUAUGAGGACAACAUAGGAGGUGGAAAUUUGUGGACAAGUGCUGAAUUUCUCGGGGGGGGGGUGAAGGUCUUAUUUUUAAUGAUUGCUGCUGUUUGUUUAACUUAAACUUUGGAUUAUUAUUAUUAUUUUGGUAAUUGUGCAACCUCAUUUUCAAUAUGCAUCGACACACUGGGAAUGGCGAGUGCACCUUUUUCCACCGAUGUUACAUCAAAACCAAGUAUUGCACUAAUUAGUUUUCCACCAGGAGUGAGGGAAUUAACUGCGAAACGUUUGGAACAGUUUCAUAAAACAAGAAAAAGCACAACAAAUUGAACAAACAAGAAAAGUAGAGUUGCCAUGGCUCUCAACCUUUGAGGAUUACCAUGACCUGGAUGAUGGAGAAUCUACAUCUUUUUUUUUUUUUUUUUUUUUCAUAUUUAUAUUGUGACAGCAAGUAAAAAAAAAAAAAAAAAAAGAACUUUUAAUAACAAUUAUGUUAUUAGGCUAACAAUAUGCUCAAAUCCCGAUAUUGGGAAAUGUUAGCAUUUUUUUCCAAGUUCUUUCGGAACAAGGGGUGGCUGCUGAUGGGUGAUAUUUUGACUUUUAUCAUGUGAAAAGUGUCACCUUGCUUAUAAUUUACAGUAAUAAACCUACAGAAAACUGA